AGGUAUUGCUACGUCAGAUGAACUUGAUAAGGAAACAGUGGCUUUCAAUUCCUCCCUUCUGAGACCUCGUGUGAUUGGGGAAUGGAUCGGCAGAGCAGAAAACGAUGCCGAUCCCCUGGCAGCUGAAAUGCUGCAGCCGCCGGUCCCACGGAGUAAGAAUGACUCAUGGGAAAGUGAAGACAGCAGCUCUAGUCCGGCGGGAAGCUUGAAGAUGGAGCCCAAGACGAAGGGACUAAAGCAACAGCAACAGCAGCAUAAGAAACUCCUGGCUGCAAUGCUCUCCCAGGAUUCCUUCGAGUCCAUCCACAGCCCCACGCCAUCUGUAAUAGAAGAAGACAUUGACAAUGAAGACGAUGCAAUGGAGUUGCUGGGUAAUUUUAAAAAUUAAUAACUUCUCUUUUCUCUUCUUUUCCGGCAUUGUAAAAGUGUGAAGGGAUUGAGAUGGGGUGGGGUGGGGGAAGUGUUAAACGUUUUGCAUAGUCCUGUCCAAGGCAAAGGGAUCCCUUUCACCUACACUUUCCUUCCAUUAGAGUUUUAUGAAGUUGCAUGUGAGAACUAAACUGAACCCGUGGAAGCAUGAGAAACAUUCCCUAGACUGUACGAUGUGCUUUGUGUAUACAGCGCUCGUUCUAUCCUCUGACUUCAUUGAGCUUUAUUCUGCGUGCAGUGUGACAGGAGGCAAAUCUGUCUGUUUUGUUUUUCUUUAUUAGACCUGUUGUCUAUAAAAUACACCCACCUUCUAAGAAAGUCUUGUGAUUAUAAGGUUGCUUUAGAAGAAAAUCACAGAGUUGAAAGAUGUUGGCCGUAGAUUAAUGUUGGACACCUUUCAAACGUUAGGGAGCCUUGCAGAGAUUGCGAAGUCUGCCGACUCAUUGCCUUCACACACCUUCACUAACUUUGUAGGUACACUUCUUCUCUGUUCUUUUACUUUUUUAUUUUUAGUGAUUUAAGUACAUGAUUUUGUAUCAGUAGAAGCAUCCUCAUAUAAAUUAUCCUCAUAUAAAUUGUUAAUUGAUACUUACUUUGGGAAUUCGUUUUUUUCAAAACAGGCUUUCUCUGUGUAGUCCUAGCUGUCCUGGAACUCACUAUGUUGCCCAGGCUGACCUUGAACUCAGAGAUCCACCUGCCUCUGCCUCCUAAGUGUUGGGAUUAAGGUGUGCAUCGCCAUGCCCAGCUAAAAAAAUCAUUUUUGCAGAGGAAGGAACUUUUCUUAGCCAAGCAGUCCACAUGUAAAAUGGCAUGUUCUUGAUUGAAUGGUACUUAUUAUUGUAUUAUAGAGAAUUGAAACAAUUGGUAUAUGCUUUUAUAACAACAAUCUAUUAUAUUUAAUUAGAAACAGAAUAAACAAUGUAACUACCUGUAGAAUAUCAAUGCAUAGCAAAGGUAUUUCAUUUAGAAUUCUAAAACAGAUUUCUUAUGAAACAGAAUUAGGUGUUGAUGACAGUAAGUUACAUUCUAUAUAAAUGAUGUCUCCGUGCAUACACCUGCAAAGAUGUUAUUCAGUCAAUGAUGGCAGGGCUCGAGAUCUUUUCUAAUGCUCUAAUAACUACCUUGAGUCUAGAAUUAAGGCGACUGACGAAUGGCACUUUUCAUUAGAUACUAUUGGUCCUUGUUUUCUUUUGAGCAACUGAGUCUUAUUCCCAUAAGUCCAAAUCAUUAAUGUGACCGGGCUUCUGGAUGCCAUGAUACCUUUAUUCAUCCUUCAUUCAUUACAAAGGAUUUUGACCUAAAGUCAUAAAAUAAAAUGAUAUCUGUUGCAGGCUUUUUCAGUCAGGUUAAAAAUGGAAACUUGUCACUUCGACCAUGU